AUCCGUGAAAAGCAUCCAACGUCACCAAUACAAAGCUUUCAGAAAAAUCUCCUCUCAACCAAACAUCAAGAUGAUCUCCGCCGCUGCAGCCCGCGCUGCCCAGCGCACCACGACCUCGCUCGUCACCCGCCGCGCCUUCCACGCUACCCGUGCCCGGCUCUCGUCGCCGUACCACUACCCCGAGGGUCCUUACACCAACAUCCCCUUCAACCCCAAGACCAAGUUCUUCUUCGUCAGGUACUGGCUCUUCAUGGCCACUGGCUUCUUUGCCCCCUUCGGCAUUGCUGCCUGGCAGACGUACAAGCCCCGGUAAAUUCUGGGCUUAAUUGGUUAUGUUUGGAGGUGUUGGUCACAGGUUCGCGGAACUUGGUGAUUGGAUCAGGGAGGAGGGAGAUUGUAUGUGUACUGCCAACAAUAGACUCGUCAGCAAUAGACGCUCCCUUUUGUGCAUG